AUGGCAUCGUCUUCUCCUUCGUCUUCAAUUACAUCAAAUUUAGUUUCAUCCCCAUUUUACCCUUCAUCAUUCUCCAAAUUCUCAUCAUUGCCCCUCCUCUCAUUCUCUCAAACCGUCAAGCCUUUCCCUAAAACCUCAAAACUGCUCUACAGAACACUCAACAACCAAACAACAGUAGUCAAGGCCCAAACAGUAGAUUUCGCGGGUUCGUUUUAUGAAGGCGGGAUCGGUUCUGAUGAUGACCCGGAUUCUGCAAUUGGGUCGGGUACUAUGACUGCUGUGGAAGAGAAGGAGACGCCUCCCUGCCCACCUGGGCUUCGACAGUAUGAGACUAUGGCUGUUUUGAGACCUGACAUGUCGGAGGAUGAAAGACUCGCUCUUACACAGAAGUACGAGGAGUUGCUUGUUGCUGGUGGUGGCAUGUAUGUGGAGGUAUUCAACAGAGGGGUCAUUCCACUAGCUUACAGCAUCAAGAAGAAAAACAAAGCUGGGGAGUCUAACACUUACUUGGAUGGUAUUUACCUUCUCUUCACCUACUUCACAAAACCCGAGUCCAUGGCAGUUCUUGAGGCAACGUUGAAAGCAGAUGAUGAUGUUAUUCGAUCUUCCAGUUUCAAAGUGAUAAAGAGAAAUAAAGUAAUCCACAACGGCAAGAGUAGAAAUCAUGCAGGUGUUGGGGAUGUGGACUUGCCUUAA